AUGGCUGACGAUGGCAUGCUCCUCAACUUCUCCAUACCGGACAGCGGCAUACUAUCGAAACCCUCAUUCAAAGGCGGCAACUGGAAGGAGCGACUCACUGCGAAGAAGGCGGCGCAGAACUGGCACACCAAGGCUACAGCACGACUGAACGGCGAGAAGGUACCGAAACAGGUGGUCGACAAUGCGACAAAUGUAAACCGCAUAGAACUAGGCCCGAGGAAGGCACGUGUAGAGAAGAGCCCAGAGUUUCCCGAUUCCGGCGACAGACCAGUAAAGCGAGCGCGCGUGAGCGGAGACUUCAGGCCAAGGACGACGGAGAAGACAGACGAUGUCGACUUCAGACCCCAAUCGAACCCGAAUCCGAACCCCGCGAAAAGACCAAGCGAGCAGAACAAUGCGCCAAAGGGUGGGAAGCAGGUCAUUUCCUCGCUGUUCACCUACAAUCCCACAUCCAAGACGAAGCCCGAAGCGAACGAACGCCGCGAAGACGAUGCGCCCGUAGAACCCUCGAACGCGCCACUCAGCAGCGAGCUAGAUACCUUCACAUCCCUUGGCAUGUCCACGACUAUUGCGGCGCAUUUGCUGAAGAAGAUGGAAUUGAAGGCACCGACCGCGAUUCAGAAGGCUGCCGUCACACAACUCAUCAAAGACGAUUCCGACGCCUUCAUACAGGCAGAGACCGGUUCGGGAAAAACCCUGGCAUAUUUGCUACCUAUCGUACAGCGACUCAUGGAGCUCUCUGCGAACAUGAGGAAGCGCAAAGUCGACGAAAGCGUGCAGAGAAACUCGGGUCUUUUUGCCAUUAUUCUGGCACCAACACGCGAGUUGAGCAAGCAAAUCGAGCAUGUGCUGGAGAAGCUUUUAGGCUGCGCGCAUUGGCUUGUUGCUACAACAGUUAUUGGUGGUGAGAAGAAGAAGUCUGAGAAGGCACGGUUACGCAAGGGCAUCAACAUACUCGUCGCGACACCUGGUCGAUUGGUCGACCAUCUGGAAAACACAGAAGCUUUGGAUGUCAGCAAUGUCAGGUGGCUCGUUCUGGAUGAAGGUGAUCGGCUCAUGGAGCUUGGUUUUGAGCAGGAGAUCCAAAAGAUUGUAGGAGCAUUGAACCUGCGAAUGCGUGCGAGGAAAGACGAGAAGUCCAGAAUACCAGGCCUGCCAGAAAAGCGCACAACGGUACUCUGUUCCGCAACCAUGAAAAUGGACGUGGAGAGGCUUGGGCAGAUAAGUCUGAAAGAUGCAGUACACAUUCGAGCCGAUCCGUCAGAGAAGGGACCAGAAACAAGCGAGCCAGGAGGUGGCCAUUCAUUCUCUGCUCCAGCGCAGUUGAAGCAGUCUUACGCUGUGGUGGCACCGAAGCUCAGAUUGGUAUCAUUGAUAGCCUAUCUGAAACGAGCUUUCGCGCGGAAGGGAUCUGUGAUGAAGGCUAUCGUCUUCAUCUCGUGUGCCGACUCUGUCGACUUUCACUUUGACAUGCUCACCAGCGAAAUCGAAGGGAUCACCGAGACAAAGAAGAAGGAAGAGGUACAAGAAGAGGAGGAGGGCGACAAGGCUGAGGAAGCCGCCGACGACGCAGAAAAGAAACCAAAGAAGACCAAAGCGAUAACACAGGCAGACCCCACCAAGCUCACAGUGACAGGUGCGGAGUCACCCGUACUUUCUGCAAAGACGCACACAGUCACAGCAUACCGUCUCCACGGUUCAUUACAACAAGCCGUGAGAACUUCGACACUCGCCCAAUUCACAAAGAACAAAAACCCCUCGGUUCUCAUCGCUACAGAUGUCGCAUCCCGUGGUCUUGAUCUUCCCAACGUCGACCUGGUCAUUGAAUUUGAUCCCGCCUUCGCCCGAGAAGACCAUUUGCAUCGAAUCGGUCGUACCGCGCGUGCAGGUCGCGACGGACGAGCAUGCAUCUUCCUAAUGCCGGGAACUGAAGAAGGCUACGUCGAGAUCCUAAAAUCAGACAGAAAAGACCUAGAAGCUGGAGUACAUGUCGUGCGUCAAGAUGCCGAUGACAUCCUCAACCGAGGAUUGGUAACCAGCGGAGUAAUGGAAAAGAACGCCUACAUGGACAAAGCAACCGACCUCCAGCUCGCCAUUGAGCGCUGGGCUCUAGCAUCCCCUGCUCGUCUGGAAGCUGCUCGACGAGCCUUCCAAAGCCACAUCCGCGCCUACGCAACCCACGUUGCAGAUGAACGUCAAUACUUCGAUAUCAAAUCGAUGCAUUUGGGUCACUUGGCUAAAGCAUUUGCUCUCCGCGAACGACCAUCUGGAAUGAAGAUUCCGGGACAACGAACAGGUGCUGGACGAAACGACAAAACACCUGCUAGGGUGCGCGGUGGUCCGAAGGUGGAUCUGGCCAGUCGCAAGGCUGAUACGGGUACAUCGAAGAGGGCAGUUGUGGAUCUGGAUCUUCCCGAGGGCGCGGAUACGGAUGAAGCGGCGAAGAUGAGGAAGGCGGUUCGUGCGAAGGAGAAGUUUAUGCGUCAUGCGGGUAUGGCGAGCGAGUUCAACUUGGGUUGA